AUGGCGAAACAAAGCGGUAUAGAAAUUCAGUCUACCAUUGAAAAUAAAAUUGAGGAAGACACAACUGCUCACUCAGGUGCGGAAAAUUCGGUGGGUGAUUUCAACUCAUUAGCUUCUAAAACAAGCUCUAUAGUAACAGUUUAAAUCAUCUAAGUCAGCAGAUUGUUCAGGAUAGUGGUGUGGUUGAGCUUCAAAAUUCAAAUUUAAGCGGAAUUGAUAGUAAAAAGGAUAAUGUAAGCUGCGAGGAAACGGAUUUUGGUGGUGUACAAAAACAUAAAAUCAAGCGUUUAUAUCGAGGUGGUGUACGCGAGGGGGUUAAUGAACAAUCAAUUACUAAUUAUAUGGAAAAAAAGGGAAUUUCCCCAACAUUCAUGAGGUUAUUCAAAAGCAAAAGGAAAGGAACUGUGGCCGUUCGAGUAAACGUUAAAACAGUAGAUUUUGAAAGAGCUUCUGACAAUGAUUUUUGGCCAAAACAUGUGUAUGCGAGAGAAUGGCUCUCGAAACCAAAAUGGUUAAAUAAGAACAACAGUGGUGAUUAA